UGUUUCGCAUGUGGUAAAAGGAAGAAUUUAAAUGCAUAUUCGAGCAUUAAAUAGCGUUCUUUUCAAGCAUUUCUUUAAAAAUAAAUACAACAGACGCAGCAUGGCCUGCAGCAGAUACGAGUAUGUUAAAGGCUACGAACAGGACGACAGAAUCUUGCCAAAUGUGUGGAUUGUGAUACGCAUCGAUGGCAAAAAGUUUCACAAAUUUGCCAAUACGCACAAAUUUGAAAAACCCAACGAUGAAAAUGCGCUACAUGUGAUGAAUGUCGCUGGCAUUGGCGUAAUGCAGGAGUUCCGGGAUAUUGUGCUGGGCUAUGGCCAGAGCGAUGAGUACUCAUUUGUGUUCCGCAAGGAUACGGAUGCAUUUAAGCGACGCGCUGCCAAACUGUUAACGUAUGUGACGAGCCUCUUUUCCACCAGCUAUGUGAUGAGUUGGCCCAAGUGGAUGCAACAGCCACUGGCCUAUGCGCCCUGUUUCGAUGGCAGGAUCAUCCUCUAUCCAUCGGACGAGAAUCUGCGCGAUUAUCUUAGCUGGCGCCAGGCAGAUGUGCAUGUCAACAAUCUGUACAAUACGGCCUUUUGGAAACUGGUGCUUGAGUCCGGCCUGAGCAAUCAGCAGGCCGAGCAGCGGCUGCGUGGCACACUCUCCGCCGAUAAGAAUGAGCUGCUAUAUCAGCAGUUUGGCAUCAACUACAACAAUAUGCCGGCCAUGUAUCGCAAGGGCACCAUUCUGCUGCGCAAGCGUGUGCUCCAGUUUGGGCAGGAUGAACAGGAUAAGGGCAGGCAGGCAAUAGUACCACUGCAUGAGGAUCUGAUUGGCGCUGAAUUCUGGCGGAAGCACCCAGAAAUUCUGGGCAAAUAUGUGCCGGGCAAGCAGCAGUUAUUGGAUGAGAAAAGUUUACCCAAAUUGCUGGAGCAGCAGCUGACGGAUCACAUGGAGGAGAAGGCCAGAAUCAGCUGAGGGUUUUUUUUUUUUACUUAUGACAAUAGUUUAAUUAGAAUUACUACAAAAUUACAUUACGCCCAAAUGAAA